AUGAGUUACGUGAUCCUUUCUCGUUUUCAGCCCCAUCCUUCCAGCGACGAUAUCAUCAUAAUACCGGAGAACGAGUACUGUCAAAGUAAUCGAAUGACCAUUUACUUAGGGUGUAUAUACGCGUACAAGGGUCUCUUGAUGAUAUUCGGUGCUUUUUUGGCGUGGGAAACCAGGCACGUUAGUAUCCCAGCGUUAAACGACAGUAAAUACGUGGGAAUGAGCGUGUACAACGUGGUGAUCAUGUGCGUUACUGGAGCAGCCAUAAGCUUCGUGCUAGCUGAUAAACAGGAUGCAAUGUUCAUUAUGCUGGCGAUAUUCAUAAUAUUCUGCAGCACCGCCACUCUGUGCUUGGUUUUCGUGCCGAAGCUGAUAGAAUUGCGAAGGAAUCCCCAAGGGGCGAUAGAUAAGCGAAUCAGAGCCACGCUCAGGCCAAUGUCGAAGACCCGAAGGGACUCGAGCAUCAGCGAGUUAGAGGAACGGCUGAAAGAGGCCACGCUUGCGAAUCAAAAGUUUCGCAAACAGCUAUUGGAGAAGGAUUCGGAGCUUCAGAUGUUUCUAAGAAGGCUAGACGAUCAGACUGCACCGUGCAACACGCAAGAGGAGAUGGACAGGCUGACCGUUCCGCGGCAAGAGGGAAUGAUGAAGAAAGAAGGUCUGUCUGUUACGACAGAGACAACGGACAUCUCGGUGUCGAUGUGCAGCCUGAACUCCACGACCACGUCUCAGCCAGAGGGCGGGGAUUACACGAGUUCAGCCGCGACCGAACAACAGACCGGCAAGAAAAAGACGUCGUUCUCCAAGGUGCCAGCGAUCGCGAUCGACAGCGAACGAGUUCCACUGGUCCCCCAAAAGCAAGAGAUCAUAGUGAAAGGGACAAUGGACAGCACAUCCUCGGUUCCACCGUCGGUUUUGAAACACACGGACGACUCUGGCCGUAGGAGAAGUCGUUCGUCCGGACCUGGCAGAGAAACCGAGCCUCUUCUUACCGAGAGAAGUCCGGAUUCGCGACCGGAUACCGCCGGCAAAACGAACGUGGAAUUCGUGCCGGAGAUUGUCGAGGAAGGGGACGCUAUUAUUCUCGAGGAGACCGAGAUACCCAGGCACGGGAAGUCGAUCAGAUGCAAAGACGAUCGUAGGUCCAGGCUGCCGACACCUCCGCCGGCGAAGAAUGUUUCGUUCGGCGAACUUCACGAGCAGAACUACCUCGAACAGGCGAUUCUGCCUCCUCCGUUGCAAUUCGUGCCGAAACACCGACACUCCGAACUUCAUUCCAGUUCUACUAAAUUUACCAAUAUCCUCACCACAAGUUCGUGUUACGUCACCUUUCGUUUCACUUUAGUUUCAGCGACGAACGCAUCCGCGCAUCAUUCGCUGAAGAGGAGAUCGUCGGUGAAGAACAACGGGAUGGCUCAUUCCCAUCACGAGUUGUUUCAAACCCGGAGGACCAGCGUGCCGGCCAAUUGUAUCAGCUACAUCUCGACCGAGAACGUCUCGAAAUCCGAGGCGGCGGAGAUCUCGUUGAACUCUGGCCUCGAUAAAUCUUACGUGAUCGGCGAGUGUGGCCAUCGUCGUGCGUUACUCUCCGGCACUGGUUAUCGCUGCGAGAAACACGGCGGACGAGGACAUUCUCGGGCGAUGUUGAACGGCUCGGCGGAAACGCCGCCACCGCCACGAAGACACAGAAAACACUACGAUUCCCAAAACGCGAGUUCUCCGAGCGUGCCCGCUAUGGUCAACGCCAGUUACUCCGAUACCGAGAAGUACGAGGAAUCGAUGUCGACGAUCAUCCAGCGAUCGGUGUCCGAGAGAUCGCGAGAGAAGUGUCCGCGGUUACGGGGCGAGGGCCACGCGAUGAUCGAGUGUCCGCAUCGCACACGCCGGAUACGAGAGUGCAGACACACGGAGUCGAAGCUGCGGCAACAGGCACGGCUGGAGUACGUGCAGAGCACGCCGAACGUCGCCACCAUUCACAACAACAAAUUCGCGAGCGCGAAUCCGCGAGGGGGUGGCGGUGCUGGCGGCGGUGCGACCGGAAGUGCGAAUGGGCCGGGGACGGCCAGUUCGGUGACCGGUAGCAGUUCGGACGUUGUCGGUGGUUCGGCCGCGAACGUUUCGAAGAUGUACAGCGCCGUGUCGGACGGCGAGCUGCUGGAUCUGGCGAUCCUGCCGAUCUUUCAGAAGCUACUCACCGAGAGGCACAAGAGUUCCUCGAGGGCCGGCUACGGCGCGAGUGUAGCCAGCUGUCCGAAUAUAUCUAUCAAAUGCGACAUCGUUGAAUACCUUUAACGAUCUUCCAACGACUAGUUUCGAUUUUCGCCUGAAAUCGAUCGAUCUCCUUCUCUGUCACUUUUCUCCCUUUUCUCUCUCUCUCUCUCUCUCUC